AUGAUAUUGAACGACGCAUCAUGUCCAGAUGCACCCUAUUCCUGGGAUUGGAGGACCAAAGGAGCUGUAACUCCUGUUAAAAACCAAGGCAGAUGUGGUGGUUGUUGGGCAUUCUCUGCGACCGGAGCUAUGGAAGGUAUAAAUCAGAUAGUCUCUCAACGGCUUCUAGAACUUUCUGAACAACAACUCAUAUCUUGCUCUACAAAUAAUGGCUGCAAAGGAGGGUGGUACGUUAAUGGAUUUAAAUAUGUCAUCAACAAUGGUGGUAUUGCCUCAGAAAAAGCUUAUCCAUAUGCAGCUGACGAUAGUGCUUGCAAUUCUAAAGCGGCUGGAAACACAAUUGCUACUAUCGAUGGCUAUAAUUAUUGGUCUCAGAAACCUAUGUCUGAAAGUUCUCUCCGUUGUUAUGUUUACAAGCAACCUGUUAGUGUUUCCAUAUAUGCAAGCCCACAUUUUAAGUCCUACGAAAGUGGAAUCUUUAAUGGAGACGAUUGCUCAGGCAUCAGUUCAUCAUGCAAACACAAUCAUGCUGUAUUAAUCGUAGGAUAUGGUUCAACCAGUGAUGGUCAAGAUUACUGGAUUGUUAAAAACUCAUGGGGAACCACCUGGGGACAAAGUGGUUACAUACGCAUCAAAAGAAACACCGGUGCUACUCGGGGAGUAUGUAACAUAAAUUGUUCUGGCGCAUACCCAACCAAGGCGAAGAAAGAACCUACCUUGAAGCUUGCCACUUCCAUAUGA